AUGGAAGAUUCUAUAGCAAGUACCCGAGACAGUGUUGAGGAAACAAGGGAUGAAACUUUAGAGAUAUCACCAAGAUCUUUUGAGGAACAAAAUAACUCAGCUGGAAAUGAGUCAGAAGAGAAGAAAAUAUUCGAUGACAAUCCGUUCUCUGUGCAUAAUACUUUCUAUAUUAGGGAUCAUAGUGAAAGUGAUUUGAUAUCUACAUUAAACUUUUCUAAGCAGAUUGUGUGUAUUGGAACCAUUACUGGAAUGUUGUAUAAACUAGAUAGCCUCGGAUCAGCGAAGAACCUUAAGACCAAGCAUACAACUAAGAUCACCUGAAUCCUGAUUGAAGGCAACACCAUCAUUUCUUCUUGUGAAAAGGGCAUUAUUUUUGUCCAAUCGCUUGACUCAGAAUUUGACGAUGUUGUCAUUGAUCUUGGCAACGAAAUUCCAAUUAACUGAAUGAGAGUCAAAGGAGAGCUAGACCUGAACAAUAUCCAGCUGAUCCUGGGCACGACCUCUGGACAAGUUAUCUUUUAUUCAAAGGGAUGGUUAACAGAGAAAAUAGUGGAUUUGCAUAAAGAUGAGAAAUAAAGAUCCAAUUACUUCCCUCUCUUAUUGUGAUGAGAUAAUUGCCUGGUCAAACAAGAAUGACAUCAAGAUCAAGGAUAUUAAGAAAGGAACCAAACUAGGCCUUGUUGUUAGACCAGACUUACCAGAAGAUACUCCAAAUAAGAAAAUCAAACAAACAGCAGUUCCUUAUGUUAUGCUGAAACCUAAGAAGAAAGGCCUUUGAAUAUUUGCAAUCUCUUGGAUUUAUAUGCUGAGAAUUUAUGCUAUUAGUAGAAAGGAUGACCAAAGCCCUGCAAAGAUUCAGAAAAUACACGAAUUCUUGCUAGACCCAGUUAAAACAUAUCUCUGUGGGUUUACAUUCAUCGAUGAAAAUUUUCUGUUCUUAGAAUUUAUGGAAAAUGAGCCUUACAAGCCAUACUACAUUGUAUAUUCUGAAGAAAAUAAGCUAUUAUUCAAAGAGAGUAUAAAACAGGCUGAGAUUUAUACUAAAUAUAGUGGGAUCCAUUACAAAACUAGUACUAUCAAGAACCAUCCUUCUGAUGGACAAUGCAUUCUUUACAACCCAGAGACUGUGUUUCAGAUCCAACCGAUUACUUUGAAGGAAAGAGUGCUAUAUCUUUAUACUAAGAAGAGGCUUAAUGAAUGUCUCUACUUGGUAAAUGAGAAUCAAAACUCCUUACCUGAGGAUCUUGUGCUGAAGGUAUGGAAUGCUCAUCUAGACCAUCUUGUUCGAGAGAAACAAUUUGAAAAAGCUCAUGAACUCAUUCCGAAGUACUGUGGUGGAAAUUAUAUACAAUGGAAACAUUGGAUAAUGCUAUUUAAAAACAAGAAAGCACUAUGAUUUCUAGUCGAAAUUGUUCCAGUAGGAGACCCAAUCAAACUCCCUCCUGAUUUGUACGAACUGAUAUUUCGUGAGUUUUUAAAGAUCAGUGAUUUUGGGAAUUUAUUAAUAUGUGCAGAAAGGUUUAAAGCUCACUUGUUAGACUACACCAAAAUAUCGAAAACUUUGUAUGAUACUUAUAUCGAGAAUAAUGAAUUAAUAAUGAACUCACUUUUCUUUAAAACUUUGCUACUUGUUACAGAAUACAUUGAUAACAAAGAAGGGUUGUUCUUAUUGUUCCUAAAAUCUAAGAAUGAUCGUGCAUUUGAUCUUCUACAAGAACCAGGAAUGCCAUCCACAGGUAGCAGUGGAGUAGAAAUAAACUUAGAAUCAAAAGAUAAUCAUAUCCUUGAUCUCAUCUCCAUUUCUCCUAGUAAAGCAGUAGAGUACUUCAGGGACAAGGAGAGAAAUGAGCAAGGAUUCAUUACAAAAUUAAUCCCAUUUUUACAGCAAAAUUCUGAAAGGGAUUUGCACAACUUUCUCCACCAUCUCCACUUGAGGGACAAUAUUAUGAGUGUGUCUUUUAACCACCUUCAGCCUAGGCUGUACAUUAAAUAUGACCAGAAGAGCCUUCUUUCAUUCUUAAAAUCAACCUCUCAGUACAAUUUUGAUGAAGUAUUAAAGUUAUGCAAUCAGCAUAAGCUAUUAGAAGAAAUUGUGUACAUUUUAAAGCUCAAAGACAGCAACUCUGAUGAGAUCCUCCAGAUCUUGAUCAACGAACUUGGUGACUUUAAACAAGCCAUAGAGUAUGUGUUCACAAAGCAAAUUGGCAAUAAGGAUCUCUGGGAUUCAUUAUUUGUAGAAUCACAGAAGAACACUGAGUAUUUAGCAAUGCUAUUGAGGUAUAUUGAGUAUUACUCUCAACCAGAAACCUUGAUAGAAGCCAUUCCUCAAGGGACUGAGUUGAAAGAGGUUAGAGAUACUUUGAUAGAAGCAUUCCAACAGAUUAAGCUUCAACUUGGGAUUUUAGAUAAUUUUAAACUCUGAACCAAAAAUGAACUUCUCUUAGCCAGAAGUUGUCAAAUAAAUCAUGCAUUCUCUGGAGAAGUUAUCAAUGAGGGACAGUGUCGUUAUUGUCACGAACCUUUAAUUGAUCUUGAGAUGCUACAAGAGAUAAAAUCUGCACAACCAGUCAAACUUUCUUCCAGACGUAGACUUGAAAUAAAGAACCUGACAACAGAGAUGAGCAAACUGAGUAUCAUAACCUUUCCAAACUGAGGGCAUAUCAUGCAUUUGAAAUGACUUCCUAGCCAUCGUAACUGUAUUUUCGCUCAGAAAGAACAUUAG